CAGCUCAUCCUGGUCAGCCUGGAGGUCUGGCUUCUCAGUCAACAUGAAGGCUCUCAUUAUUCUGGGACUUCUCCUCCUUUCUGUUGCUGUCCAGGGCAAGAAAUUUCAGAGGUGUGAGCUUGCCAGAACUCUGAAAAGAUUUGGACUGGAUGGCUAUAAGGGAGUCAGCCUGGCAGAUUGGAUGUGUUUGACCUAUGGAGAAAGCCGUUAUAACACACAUGUUACAAACUACAAUCCUGGAAGCAAAAGCACUGAUUAUGGGCUAUUUCAGAUCAACAGCAAGUGGUGGUGUAAUGAUGGCAAAACCCCAAAAGCAGCUAACGGCUGUGGCGUAUCCUGCAGUGCUAUGCUGAAAGAUGACAUCACUCAGGCUGUAGCAUGUGCAAAGACGAUUCUCAAUAGGCAAGGCAUUACAGCAUGGGUGGCGUGGAAAAACAGGUGUCGAAACCGAGAUCUCACGAGUUUUGUUAAGGGUUGCGGAGUGUAACUGUGGAGUUUUCUUUCUUCUGCUCAUUUGUCUCUUUUUCAUAUCAAGAAGUAAUAGCUGAGCAAAAGGUUAUACUACCACUCUUUCAAACAAAUAAUGCUUUUAUAUAAGCAGGAGCAUAUGGUCUUUCUUCUAAGAGGCUUGAUGGUUACCUCAUGUGUUUAUUGUUAAUGUUACUACAAAAAUGUUAUGACAACAUUUUUCAGGUCCUUAACAGAACUAAUGCUGGUGAAUAUUUGUCUAAAACCUUAAUUAUCAAAUGUAUCUCUAGUACAUUAAGUUCUUAAUCAAAGAAAUAACCCAGACUUAAUUUUGAAUGAUACAAGUACUCCCCAAUAUUCAACACAAAUAUUACAAAAGAAUAUCUUUAAGCAAAUUGAUCUUGGGCAAAGUCCCACUGUGUAGGCAUGUGAAUUUUCAUCUGUCCAGUCAAAAGGAGAUGAAUGUCAAAUGGCUAAAUAUGAAAGCAAUCUGAAUUAAGAAUUUUGUUUUCAUACAGUGUGGCCUUUGGUUUAAAUGUUUUAGUAGAAAUGUUGCAUUUAUGCAGCUUUAAAAAUAAACUCACAAUUUAUACAUCAACCUAUUUUAGCCUUUGUAAAGAACUCACAUAUGCAUCUUGCUGAUUCUGGAACAUAAAGAAGGAUUAGAUGAGCCAAUGCUUUUCCUUAAUUUUAUUAACUUAGAUUCACACUUUAUGACAAAUUCAGAGCUAGAUGAGUUUGCAAGCAUUGAGUUAAUUGCUAUUAAAUAGAUGUGAAAUUAUGCAGGCUGUAAAAAAAUACAAACAUUUUCAUUAAAAGCUUUGCAAUUCA